AUGUCUCAAUCUGACCUUGGCUACGGUUUUGCAGUUGCCGCCUUCGUUGCAGUAACAUAUGAUUGGGCACUAACAUUUGGACAAGAGGUUGAACUCAUCUGGAGACAACGGUGGUCGCUCAUGACAGUGAUGUAUCUCAGUGUGCGCUACCUUGGAGCCCUAUCUGCUGCUCUGUCCAUGGCUGACGGUGUUCCGACCAUCUCACUGACAGAUACACCCACUAAUGGCCGCCACGCUGUACUACCAAAGAUGCUGGAUGAUGUACACUAUAUGGAAUUGGACGGGUGUUGUGGUAUUUGCGAUGCUGUGGGAAAGAUCCUGAUAUUUCUCGUUGUCACCUUCCUGGCGAUCAACACUUUUGAUGGAGUGAACGUCGUACUGAUCACGAUGCGUACUUCAGGAGAGGAACUCAUUCUCUCCGGCACCUAUCAGUGCACGAUUGGCUACACAGGAGAUACCGUGGUUAUGGAUUCUACUGCUUGGGUACUCUCCAUUGUGUGGGAGGUCCUCACACUAUGUCUCGCAGUCUGUAUUGCGGUAAAACACUUCCGUGAACUGCGACAACAUUCGGCAGGAGGGAUUAUUGGGGACUGUUUUACGGUGUUGAUGAAAACUCACGUGGUUUACUUCGCGAGCUUUGUCACUGUUUCGUGUUUUUCCCUCAUCCUUGAAUUCUCUCCAACAGUAUCAUCGAACCAAGUUCUCCUAGAAUAUCAGACUUUUUUUGGCUUGUUUCAGGUUUUGGAGGUCGUGCAGACGUUUGUGCUGGGACCACGGCUGAUCCUUGGCGUUCGAGAAUAUAAUGCUAAACUCGUGGCUCACUCCGAUGCAGCAACCGGCAUGACCUCAAUCGCUUUCCACGAGCGUGUGCAUAUAUCGACUGGCAGUGGUGUGUAA